UGCAGUUCUUUACCUGAAUGAUGAUUUUGAAGGAGGUGAUUUCUUUUUCGCUGAUCGAGAUGCCAAACACAUCUCGUUUUUUUUCUCCCAGGCAAUGGUUAAGCCAAAAUGUGGGCGACUGGUUGGAUUUACAUCAGGACCAGUCAAUCCCCAUGGUGUUACUGCAGUAACGGCGGGUCGACGAUGUGCAUUGACGCUCUGGUUCACCACUGAAAAGCACCACAGAGAUAUGGAACGUGAGGAAGCUGAAGAAUUAUGGGCUGCAAAUGGAAAAAGUGUAGUAAAAGAAGAGAAGGGUGAGGGCGAGAGCGCCUUAAAAUCUGCCCGCAGCGGAAGAAGCCAAGGCAAAGAGAGGAGCAAAGAAAGAGAAAGAGUGACAGGCAGGCGGGAUGAGCUGUAAGAAAGACAGAUGAAUGAGCCAAUCAGCAAAGAGACAUCCAUGGACAUCAAAUGCCUCACUGUCUCUUCAUGAAAACUAGUUUAUUUUUAUCCCAGACUGUUUCACAGGUUAUGUCUUUAUAAGUGUGAGAGUGUGUGCAUGUGUUUGUGCCUUUGUUUCAGUAUGUCUGUUUUGAUUUGGGUUAUAUAUAUUUGAC